CUGGUGUGAAACCAGCAAGACAGUAGACUUUAAAAUACCAGUGGUGACCACACAUACCAACAAAUAGCGAAGAAGCUGGCAGAGUUGCAAAUUUACCAGACCGGAGACUAGUGCAGGGAGUGGACUAAGCAGCUCACAAUGGAGUAUUGGAAAACCAGGAACCAGAACCACACCUUGAGCAACUCGCCAACAUCAUGCCCAAUUCAUGAUGAGUUUGAGUGGGUGCUGGGCACUGUGCUGACCACCGAGCCAAUGGUGGUGCAUGAUGACCUGGUCAACCAGGAUGGUGCCCUGCUGGCCCCAGAAUCCAGCGUGGGGACAGAUGGGGGGCAGCAGCAGGUGCCAAGUGAGGACAGUAAACUGACUCUGUUGCUGAAACCGAUCCCAGAGGAGGCUUUGAGCUGCAACAGCGCAUCCUGGGAAAAGCUGUUUGAUUCCUUCUCCUCCUCCUCCUCCCCCCCCCCCCUCGGAGAAACAGCCUGCUAUGGAAGCCUGUAUCAGACACAGAAGGGACAGAAGAUGCUCCUGAGCCUGAAAUGUGGCGGGGAUGGUUAAGGAGGAUGGCUGUGGAGUUCUGCGUGUUUUGCAUACAGCCAUGUGGAAGUUAAUGAAUCAUCCUAUUGAUUCCCUCAUGGAUUCUGACGCAAUCCUGGGUGCUGAUAGCUGCACAGGUUUCCUGAUGCAGGAACUCCAGAUAGGCCCCCUGACGUCUACUGGCUUCAGUACUUCUACAGCUCACCAACACUGCAGCAGAAGUCUGGGCCAGUGUAACUACACAGAUCAUUCCAAGAGUAAGCAUUUCUGUGAUGAACUGAUGGUUGAAGUUCCGGACAGAGCCGCGAAGCAGGUCCAGUACUAAAGGCAGAGAGUCUUGAGGCAAGAGGAAAGGCUCACACUUGCUGCACAGUUUGAGAACAGGGCUUCAGUGAAGGAGCAGGCGCUUGCUUCACAGUUCCACGAACAGCAGCUAAGAGACAAGGACAGAGCUCAGCAGAAAGAGCUGCAGAUAUCACUAAUGGCUGCAAGAGAACAGACUCCUGCUGAAUCACCCACAUCACAGCCUCAGUCCCUUGCAUGCUAUCUUGUGAUGCAGUCCAGAAACAGCUUGAAAAACUCCAUGGCUGGGUGGUCCAUACAGCUGGGCCUCAUGAGUAGCUGGACUGGGCAACUUUGCCCCAUGCAGCCCUCCAGAUUGAUCCCCUAUACUGGAUACCUCCACUCCUUGGCACCAAGCAUGCAGCAAACAGGAAUAGAAGGGAAAGGACAACCAGGGGGCAGGGGACAUGCUAUGAAAGCUGUAAUGAACUGCAUUGCGUCACCAAGUAAUCUUAAUGAAGUUGAAAAACAAUUGAAAGAUGCUCUGGAGAAAAACCAGCAGUGGCUGGUAUAUGACCAGCAGCGAGAGGCAUAUGUCAUGGGACUGUUGGCAAGGAUCUUUGAACUUGAGCAGCAGUCAGAAACAGUUAACCAACAGCAGGCAAGAGAGGCCACUGCAGAAGGUUACCUUCAAGAAGAAAAACAAAAAUAUUAUGACCAGCUUUUACUGACUGCCAAGAAUGAUCUUGACACUGAAAGACAAACUAUAACCCAGCUGAGAUCUGAACUUAAUGAAUUCAAAAAGAAAUAUGAAGAAACAAAACAAGAAGUAAUGAGUUUAAAUAGCGUAUUGCAGUCACAAUACAAUGUUGCUACUCGGACUCUAGAAGAUGAAAAGAAAAUCAAAGGAGAUAAAAUACAGAGGUUAAAGGAAGAGAAUGAAAUUACCAGAGAAAAGCUCAAAGAAGAAAAGAAGAAGACUGAAGAUCUCUUAUCUCAGGUCCAAUUUCUUCAUAAAUCUUUGUUAAAACAACAAGAAGAACACACCAGGAUAGCUUUGUUGGAACAACAGAUCCAAAUGUGUACUACAGAUUUUGAGAAUGAAAAGCUUGAUCGCCAGAACUUGCAGCAUCAGUUGAAUAAAGUUCUUAAGGAGCUACGCAAGGCAAGGGAGCAAAUAACACGACUGGAGCCCUUGAAACUCCAAGAAUUUGGACAUACAGAACCAUCAAAUGGUUUGCAAGCAGCAUUCGAAGAUAUGUUGACAAUAAAAGACAAAAAUCCCUCACUGAAACGUUCAAAUCUACUUGAUGAAAGCUUCCUUGAGUGUCCCAAAUGUAAAGUACAGUAUCCAACAAGCCAGCAUAGAGAGUUACUCGCUCAUAUUGAUUUCUGUGCAGAUUAAGCUCCAAAUGGAAUUGCCAUAUGUAAACUGCAUUUUAAAUGCAGCCAUGAUUCUAUCCUACAAAAGGGAAUAAUGGCUUUUUAACUCCUUUUCCUUUUUUUAAGGUUGUAUAAAAGACUAGCACGUCAGUUUUAUAUUCCAAUUUAACAAGAAUGGAAAAUUAUUGUAAUUUAUCUGGCUUUGUAUAAAUAUUUCACUCAGCAUUUUUAUGAAGAGUUAUCUAGAACCACAAGUUCAGUGAACGAGAAUUUAUCAGAAAUAGGAAUAUUUUAAAAUUGUAAACUACUGACUUUGUUUUUGCACUAUUAAAGCUAUGUAUUGGGGCCAGUAGAAAUAACAGCGAACUCCCAUAAACUGUCUUCCUCCGUUUUCCCAUACGCAACUACCUUGCUCCAAAUAAACAGGUCUCAAAAUGAAGAGUGCAAUACUUCUAGGGCCUCAUAGCUAGAACCACCAUAAUUGAGACUGGCUAUAUAAAUUUGGUUUUGGCCCUAAUACAAUAAUUGCAUUCCACUAGAGAAUAGGUUCAACAUCUUGAUACUGUAAAUUGUUUUGCAAGAGGCGUUAAGAUGUUUUUUCCUACUGGUGGGUGGUGUUUUCAACGUGCAUCUUACUCAGCAUUGUAUCAAACAAUCUGGCUUGAGCUAGGGCUGUUAUGGAAAUGGUGGUCAGUGAGCAAACUCUACUCAAACCAAUCUUAAAUGUGGAAAACAAAUUUCUUCCCAGCAACUAUUAGUCUACUGAAAAAUAGGAAGCCCCAGUUUCAGAGAGCAACCAGGCACCUUUUUAGAAGCUGAACUGUCAGUUUAUGAUGUUGAAGCACACUCCUGUUUGCACUGCUAUACCCUACCGCUUAAAGCUGGGAAAUGUGACUUCCCUGGAAACCUGUUUUACUUCCAUGGGGGGUUUUAAGAGUCCCUAUUUUGCAAGUGGAAUAUUAAUAAAAUGCAGUUGGGUUUCUCA